ACGAAAAGAUGGAAACCAACGUGCCUCGGAAGAAAUCACGCCUUGCUAAAAACAAGAAAAAAGCAUGGAGAAAAGUGGAUAUAACAGACGUAGAGGAAUAUUUAGAGGAUGAACGACUCCAAGAAAGGACUGGUGGAUUGGUAGCAGAAAAAUCAGAUGCAGAACUAUUUACAAUUGAAACAAAAGCUCCAUCAAUUGAUACAGCAGAGGAAGCAGUUCCUAAGAAAAGAAGGAAAAGGGAACCCAAGGAUUUAAAGUGUUACUCACAUCUUUUACCAGAUCCCAAGAUCAAAUUAGCUCGCAAAUCUCAGCCCAGCAGAAGUACAAAGGAUAAAAGACCUCCACUUGUGAAAGAAAAAAUCCAAAGUGGUGUAAAAACCCAGAAACAAAUAAAAGCUGAAGUGCAGAGAAAACUAGUGACGGAGCAGAAACAGAGGAAGAACAGAGCCAAAGGUUCUGUAAUGGUGGCCUCUUAUGAUCUUUGGGGAGGUGAAGCACAAGAAAAAGGUGAUCCAUUUGCUAAAGCUCCAGUAAAGAAACCAAAAAGCAGAGCUCCCUCAGAAUUACCUGCAAUACAAGUUCCUCACCCAGGGGCAUCGUACAAUCCAGAUUACGAGGAUUAUCAGGAUCUUUUGUUGAAAGCUCAUGAGAUAGAAGAGAAAAAAUUAGAGAAGGAGCUGAAGUUAGAGAAGUUUGUGCAGGAAAUUAAAAAAGUGGAUAUGAAAUCCCUCGAGAAAACAUGGCUGUCAGAAAUGUCAGAGGGCCUAAAAAAUCAAGAGGAAGGGGAGGAAAAUGAAGAGGAAGGAGAUGCAAUAAAUACAGGGGAUCCAGACAGGAUCUCUAUCAACCCCCCAGUCCGCAGAGAGUCCAAAAAAACAAAAACUCAGAGAAAUAAAGAAAAACGGAAAAAGAUGCAGGAGAAAUUAAAAGCGCAAGGAAAACUGAAAAACACAAAAGCAAAUGAAAUUUACAGAUUAAGAUCAAUGAAGGCAGAAAUAGAUGGGAGAGAGGCUGACCUUCAGAGGAGAGCACAAGAAAGAAGACAAAAAUGGCAGGCUCAGGGGUUGAAAACCAGGAAACUUGGCAGACUCAAAUUUGAAGAGCCAUUACUGGAAAUAAAAUUAAGUGGUGAAUUAGAGGGAUCUCUGCGAAGACUCAAGCCCGAGGGAAACUUAUUUGUUGAUCGUGUGAAGAGCCUGGAAAAGAGAAAUAUCAUGGAACCUCGACAAGAAGCCAAAAAAUACAGGAGAUAUAAGAGAAAAACAGUUAUUAAAAGAAGUCACAAAGUAUAAUGGAGGAUCUGAUGUUAUAUUUUUUUGUUGGCUUAUUAAAUGUUCUUACCUUCA